CACACACACACACACACACACACGCUCACUCUCAGCUCCACACCAUGGUAGUUCAGACUGCAGUGACUCCAAACAGACCUCAGAGACUUCUGAAAAUACCAUAUGGAUCUCUGAGAAGGCGCAGCGUGGAGAGGAUGACGGAGGGCCGUCGAUGUCAAGUACAUCUCCUUGAUGACAGGAAGCUGGAGCUCCUAGUACAGCCCAAGCUUUUGGCCAAGGAGCUUCUUGACCUGGUGGCCUCUCAUUUUAACCUGAAGGAAAAGGAAUACUUCGGAAUUGCAUUCACAGACGAGACGGGACACUUGAACUGGCUUCAACUAGAUCGAAGAGUACUGGAGCACGACUUCCCCAAAAAGUCUGGGCCGGUGGUUCUGUACUUCUGUGUCAGAUUCUAUAUAGAAAGCAUCUCCUACCUGAAGGACAAUGCCACCAUCGAGCUCUUCUUCCUGAAUGCAAAGUCCUGCAUCUAUAAGGAGCUUAUUGAUGUGGACAGUGAGGUGGUGUUUGAACUGGCUUCCUAUAUUUUACAGGAAGCAAAAGGAGAUUUCUCUAGCAAUGAGGUGGUAAGGAGUGACCUGAAAAAGCUGCCAGCCCUUCCUACCCAAGCCCUGAAGGAACACCCCUCCCUGGCCUACUGUGAGGACAGAGUCAUUGAGUACUACAAGAAACUGAAUGGCCAGACAAGGGGUCAAGCAAUCGUGAACUACAUGAGUAUCGUGGAGUCUCUCCCAACCUACGGUGUUCACUAUUAUGCAGUGAAGGACAAGCAGGGGAUACCAUGGUGGCUGGGACUAAGCUACAAAGGAAUCUUCCAGUAUGACUACCAUGAUAAAGUGAAGCCAAGGAAGAUAUUUCAAUGGAGACAGUUGGAGAAUCUCUAUUUCAGGGAAAAGAAGUUUUCCGUGGAAGUUCAUGACCCCCGUAGGGCUUCCGUGACCAGGAGGACUUUUGGGCACAGUGGCAUUGCUGUGCACACGUGGUAUGCAUGUCCAGCAUUAAUCAAGUCCAUUUGGGCGAUGGCGAUUAGCCAACAUCAGUUCUAUCUGGACAGAAAACAAAGUAAGUCCAAGAUCCAUGCAGCACGAAGUCUGAGUGAGAUCGCCAUUGACCUAACAGAAACAGGGACACUGAAGACCUCGAAGCUGGCCAACAUGGGGAGCAAAGGGAAAAUCAUUAGCGGCAGCAGUGGGAGCCUGCUGUCCUCAGGUUCUCAGGAAUCAGAUAGCUCUCAGUCGGCCAAGAAAGACAUGCUGGCUGCCUUGAAAUCCAGGCAGGAAGCUCUGGAGGAGACACUACGCCAGAGGCUGGAGGAACUGAAGAGAUUGUGUCUCCGGGAAGCUGAGCUCACGGGCAAACUGCCUGUUGAAUAUCCCCUGGAUCCAGGAGAGGAACCACCUAUUGUUCGGAGAAGAAUUGGGACAGCCUUCAAGCUGGAUGAACAGAAAAUCCUGCCUAAAGGAGAGGAAGCUGAGCUGGAACGCUUGGAACGGGAGUUUGCAAUUCAGUCCCAGAUCACCGAGGCUGCCCGCCGCCUAGCCAGCGACCCCAAUGUCAGCAAAAAACUGAAGAAGCAAAGAAAAACCUCUUAUCUGAACGCACUGAAGAAGCUGCAGGAGAUUGAAAAUGCAAUCAACGAGAACCGAAUCAAGUCAGGGAAGAAACCCACCCAGAGGGCCUCACUAGUCAUAGACGAUGGAAAUAUUGCCAGUGAAGACAGCUCCCUCUCUGAUGCCCUUGUUCUUGAAGAUGAAGACUCUCAGGUUACCAGCACAAUAUCCCCCCUCCAGUCUCCACACAAGGGACUUCCUCCUCGGCCACCAUCAUCGCACAACAGGCCUCCUCCCCCACAGUCCCUGGAGGGACUCAGGCAGAUGCACUAUCACCGCACUGACUAUGACAAGUCACCCUUAAAGCCCAAAAUGUGGAGUGAGUCCUCUUUAGACGAGCCCUAUGAGAAGGUGAAGAAACGCUCCUCCCACAGUCAUUCCAGCAGCCACAAGCGCUUCCCCAGCACAGGAAGCUGUACUGAGGCAGGAGUAAGCAGCUCCUUGCAGAACAGCCCCAUCCGAGGCCUCCCACACUGGAAUUCCCAGUCUAGCAUGCCAUCCACCCCAGACCUGCGUGUCCGGAGUCCCCACUACGUUCAUUCCACAAGGUCAGUAGACAUCAGUCCCACGAGACUGCACAGCCUUGCACUGCACUUUAGGCAUCGGAGCUCCAGCUUGGAGUCCCAGGGCAAGCUCCUGGGCUCAGAGAAUGACACCGGUAGCCCGGACUUCUACACUCCGAGGACUCGUAGCAGCAAUGGCUCGGACCCCAUGGAUGACUGCUCGUCGUGCACCAGCCACUCGAGCUCAGAACACUACUACCCGGCACAGAUGAACGCCAACUACUCAACGCUGGCUGAGGACUCGCCGUCCAAGGCGCGCCAGCGGCAGCGGCAGAGGCAGCGGGCAGCAGGCGCACUGGGCUCAGCGAGCUCCGGCAGCAUGCCCAACCUGGCAGCACGCAGCGGGGCUGCAGGCGCGGGUGGUGGUGGCGUGUACCUGCACAGCCAGAGCCAGCCGAGCUCGCAGUACCGCAUCAAGGAGUACCCACUGUAUAUUGAGGGCAGCGCCACACCCGUUGUGGUGCGCAGCCUGGAGAGUGACCAGGAGGGCCACUACAGCGUCAAGGCACAGUUCAAGACCUCCAAUUCCUACACCGCUGGCGGCCUGUUCAAAGAGAGCUGGCGUGGGGGUGGUGACGAGGGCGAUGCAGGCCGCCUUACACCUUCGCGCUCCCAGAUCCUGCGGACUCCUUCGUUGGGGCGUGAUGGCACCCAUGACAAAGGCUCUGGCCGUGCUGCAGUAUCAGAUGAGCUGCGCCAGUGGUACCAGCGCUCCACAGCCUCGCACAAGGAGCACAGCCGCCUCUCGCACACCAGCUCCACUUCCUCGGACAGCGGCUCUCAGUACAGCACCUCUUCCCAGAGCACCUUCGUGGCGCACAGCAGGGUCACCCGGAUGCCCCAGAUGUGCAAGGCCACGUCAGCUGCCUUACCUCAAAGCCAGAGAAGCUCAACACCGUCAAGUGAAAUUGGAGCCACCCCACCAAGCAGUCCCCACCACAUCCUGACCUGGCAGACUGGGAGCUACAGUGAUAGCUGCUUCCUGGAUUCCUCCCUCUAUCCAGAGCUAGCUGAUGUCCAAUGGUACGGACAGGAAAAAGCCAAGCCCGGGACCCUCGUGUGAGCCAGCCCGGCCUGUUCUGACCGUCGCACGCCAUUCUGAGUCACCUCACUGCCUCUCAGUUGCCUUACCCAGACACACUGUCACCUGCACCAGCUUCGGCCCUCGGCACUUUUUUCUCCUGUCUCCAUAUCCCUUUCAUCCUCAAAAACCUGACUGAGGAGACAUUCUGGAAGGUUCCGAUCCCACUGUGUGUCCCCUGGCUCUCUGGGCAAGAGAGCCAGACAACAAUCCUCAAUGGCACCUUGGUGGUUUCCCUUUGCCAUGACAGCCCCAGGCCAGGAACUGUCAGGGAGGCCAACACAAGCAAUUCCUGUGGAAAAGAAGCGUUGGAAGAGAAUGGAAAAAGAUAGGUCUAUCUGUAUGCCAGCUGUGUCCAGCUGCCACCAGAGGCCAACUGAGUGCUUCAAGAGGAUGCCUCAUGGGGAUACCCAGUUUAUACCAGAAAUAUUCUGUAUUCUGUAAUGAGACAGCUGCAAGAGUACCUAAGGGGAAGAGUGAGAAAGGAAGGCCAGCGCUUCAGAGAUGCAUUGGAGGAUCACAAUCGGUUCUAUGCUGCCAAAGAUUAGACACAUUCAACAAUAAACAGAUAGGAGGGGCCAAGAGGAACACACUUUUUCUGCAGUGAAAUUCCUUUUCAGUUCUAAACUGCUUCUAUGCAGCCCAAGUUAGAGUCAACCAUUUGUAAAUCGUGUCCUGUCGUGACCCAUCUCCUGUCCAGUCCACUUCCCCCUACCUGAGAGCCUGGAAAUGAACCCAAUGGGACAGUGAAGAUGGAGGAGGCUUGGCUGCCUGGCAGAUGCAGAAUCUGUCUGUCUGGACAUGAAGGAAAACAGAGAUUGGAAGGAGGAGCAGGGCGCUGUUAACCACCCUCUGCAGGGGCCUCAGCCUAUGCCCCCGAAGCUGCUUUCCUUUUGGGACUGGUCUGAAGCUAGUGAUCAUUGCCAAAAGCAGUUCUCUCUUGUUAAAACAGCCAGUAAAAGUGUAACCUUUCUUUUUUGUACAAGGCGUUUCAUUUUCUUUUUUAUGAGAAACCAAGGGAAAAAGCACAUUGCAGUCUAUUCAAGUGUUUUACUGUUGUGGCUCAUUUUGUUUGUUAACACAUGUGUGACAAAGAACUCAGAUGGACCUCUCCUGUGUGUCACUUAGUCAAAGAACCCAAGUAUGCCCUUAGGUAGGAAGAUUUUUUUUAUGUGUCUACCAGCCGGCAGGCAGGCAGGCAGAGCAGAGUUGAAAUGACUCAGCUCCCAAAGGGCCCAUCAACCUCCAGCAGUAUCCAUGAUCUUGAUUACCACCUCUGUCCACAGAUACAAGAGGAUAAAAGGCAAAAAAAAAAAAAAAAAAAAAAAAAAGCAUGCAUGCAAGCUGCUCGUUUACAUGUGUUUUGAGCUAUGCUCAACACACAACCAAAAAGCCAUCAAUCUUCAAAGGCCUCAAAAUUUUAUAUAAUAACUAACCAGUGAACAGUCUUGGUUGGGUUACUCAAGAUGGCACAAAAGAGUUUCCCGGGAGGUAGUACAUGUUAAUAUAAGUGGGACCUGCGGGGGUCACCUUUGAUAUGACUUCCUGUGGGAAAGGCAUCCAAGAACAGGAGCCAGGGUGGGAGUACUUUUGUGGGAAAGCAGAUCUAAAAGUUAGCUGUGGCAUCAACAGAAUAACCUUUGUUGUUCAUGUAUGUGAAUCCAAGAACAACAAUAGACUCCACCAGACCAAGAGGGUAAGAAAUGGACACCAGCAAGGACUAACCCCAUUGCUCUGAAGUCAACAGCAAGCAUUCAUACCAUAUGGUCUUAGGUCUCCUCUGCCAUAUUUCUAUGGUCCAUUCAAGGCCGGGUACCCCAGAGCUGGCAUAGCUGACAUGGCUGGCUUGAUGACUCUAGCUUUCAAAAACAGUACUCUUCCCAAACACUGCAGGGGUAACCCUGUAGGAUUGGUAGAAACUGGAUAAUGGUACAAAAUGAAUCUGGGGCUUGAUGGAGAUGGGGGCUCCCUUUUUUAUUGCUCCUAAUGAUGAUGAUCCAGAGCUACAAAAGGCAGGUUUAUUCGGGGAAUUUUUUUUUUUUUCUUCCUUCCCUAAUAGGAAAUGUGACACAUUGGGUCAAUUUUUUUUUUCUUCCAAAAGGAGAUGCCUGAAUAAUUAGACUGAACUAUGGUGCAACAGUAAAAGUCCAAAGGGAAACAAAGAACAAGACAAGGUUACAUGGUUACAGGUUAUAGGUUAUAACAUAGACAGUGGUUUGAAAAUCAGUUCUGAAUUUGGUUGGAUCAAUGAGAGAGGCAGAAGGAAUCUAAAAUAUAAUACAUUUGGGGAGCAGAUGGAAGCUGUGAACACCGUCAGGAUAGUCUGAUAGUAAGGACAGAGAUUAAGUAAAACAGGUUUUACUGUUUAGCUGUGUUCAGUUAAUACAAUGUACAUAAUAAGCAUUAGUCCUUUGAGACUGACAUGGUAAAUGGUCAGUGUGGUGGUGAACACUCUAGGUGUUGUAUGCAAGCACCUGCAAACGCUUUACAGAUCCCUAUUUCUUUAAAGGAAGAUGAAAUAUGAAGCCCCCAGUCUGAUCUAAAGCCCCUAUUGGAUUCUUUGGGUACAUGUAAGAAAUUGCCUGUUUCAGCCAGAAGACUAUGUUGUGAGCCAGGGUGGUUUAUUUUGUUAUAUGCAGGUGAGUGUUGAAACUGUUAAAAAUCCCAAUUUGUUUUCAUUCAGUAUUAGUUUAGUUCUAAAAUAUAGCAAACCUCAUCCAGGUGCUAUCAGACGACCAAUUACUGCUUAGUUAACUAGGUGUAAAGUUUUACAUAACCAUUCAUGUCAAUAGUUUAUUACAAGUUGUGUAAAAUGGACUCUAGUUUAAUAAUGGGGGGAAAAGAUUAGGUUGCUCCUGAAACUGACUGUAGAGCAUGUAAAAUGAUUUUACUGGAUUCUGUUCAAUUGUAAUCAAUGAAAAAGAUGUAUGUUGUAGACAAAGUUGCAGAAUUAAAAGAGAAAUCUGCUUUUAAUUUAUUCUUUUUGUAUUAAGAAUUUGUAUAGUACCUUUACAUUUUGCAGAACAGUGUUGUCAACACUUAUUAAAGCAUUUUCAAAAUGAAAACA